AGCGGCCGCGGCCCGGCCGGCCGUCCCCGUCGCCGCCUCAGGAGUGCCGCCAUCAUGUACCGCCGCCUGGGAGAGUUGCUGGCGCCCGCCCGUGCUGCUGCUGCCGCCGCCUCGGCCUCUUGCCCGCCCUGCGCAGAGCCCUGCGCGGCCUCGGCCUUGCAUCUGGCGGGGGCGCCCGGGGAGUCCCGGCGGGGCUACAGCCAGGCGGUAAGCCGCGAGGAGGCCUCCGAGGACGACCCGAACUUCUUCCGCAUGGUGGAGGGCUUCUUCGACCGCGGCGCCGGCAUCGUGGAGGACCAGCUGGUGUCCGGGCUGCGCACCCGCGAGAGCGCGGAGGAGAAGUUGCACCGCGUGCGGGGUAUCCUGCGCAUCAUCAAGCCCUGCAACCACGUGCUGAGCGUCUCCUUCCCCAUCAAGCGCGACAACGGCGAGUGGGAGGUGGUGGAGGGCUACCGCGCCCAGCACAGCCAGCACCGCACGCCCUGCAAGGGAGGUAUUCGUUACAGCACGGAAGUGAGUGUUGAUGAAGUAAAAGCUUUAGCUUCUCUUAUGACAUAUAAGUGUGCAGUAGUUGAUGUGCCAUUUGGUGGUGCAAAGGCUGGUGUUAAGAUCAAUCCUAGGCUAUAUACAGAUAAUGAAUUGGAAAAAAUCACACGGCGGUUUACCAUAGAACUGGCAAAGAAAGGCUUCAUUGGGCCUGGUGUGGAUGUGCCAGCUCCUGACAUGAGCACCGGUGAAAGGGAGAUGUCGUGGAUUGCAGACACCUAUGCUAAUACCAUAGGGCACUAUGACAUCAAUGCCCAUGCCUGUGUGACGGGGAAACCUAUCAGCCAGGGUGGCAUCCACGGCCGCAUCUCAGCCACGGGCCGUGGCGUCUUUCACGGGAUCGAGAACUUCAUCAAUGAAGCGUCGUACAUGAGCCUCUUGGGAAUGACUCCAGGAUUUGGAGAUAAAACUUUUGCCAUCCAGGGGUUUGGCAACGUGGGUUUGCAUUCUAUGAGAUACCUUCAUCGCUAUGGAGCAAAAUGUGUAGCUAUUGGAGAAAAAGAGGGUGCUAUCUGGAAUCCUGAUGGACUUGACCCAAAGGAGUUGGAAGAUUACAAACUGCAACACGGAUCCAUUCUCACCUAUCCAAAAGCUAAGGCUCUUGACUGCCACAUUCUUGAAGCCGAUUGUGACAUCCUCAUCCCAGCAGCCAGCGAAAAACAGUUGACAAAAGCCAACGCUCACAAUGUCAGAGCGAAAAUCAUUGCUGAAGGUGCUAAUGGACCCACGACCCCCGAAGCCGAUAAGAUAUUCUUGGAACGGAACAUCAUGGUUAUUCCAGACCUUUAUUUAAAUGCUGGCGGUGUGACUGUAUCUUAUUUUGAAUGGCUGAAGAACCUGAACCACGUCAGCUACGGCCGCUUGACCUUCAAGUACGAAAGGGACUCAAACUACCAUCUACUAAUGUCGGUUCAGGAGAGCUUGGAAAGAAAGUUUGGGAAACACGGGGGAAGUAUUCCGGUUGUGCCUACUGCAGAAUUCCAGGAUAGAAUAUCUGUAAGUAGCUCUUGCAAAAUUUUAUUACCUUAAUAUGUAGAUCUAAGCAAACUUUCCAUCCUGCAGCAACAAAACCCACAGGGAAAUCUGAAGGAAGGAAGCUAAAAUGCUGCAUUUAACUCUGUUGAAAGCUGAAGUUUUGGCUUAGUUCGUAUUUAUAAUAA